GAAAGGAGAUCAGAGACUGAGUCAGCUUCCAGAGGGCAAACACCAGGAGACGAGUUCAGGGAACACCCCAGCGUACCAAGAAGGACCUGUUCUGUCUGAAUCUUCACCAUGAGCACAAGGAAGASCUGCCCCCUGCCACUGGGGCAAGGAGACCAGGAGGAAAAGCARAGCGAGGGUACUCCUGACCUGGAGCGACAGGAGUGUGAGAUGGAGCUGAGGAACAAAGCUAUUCUGCAACAGAAGAGGCGCCUCAAACAGGCCACCCAGUUUGUGCACAAGGACUCUGCUGAUCUGCUGCCCCUGGAUGGCUUGACAAGGCUUGGCACCUCCAAGGAUCUGCAGCCUCAUAGUGUGGUCCAGCGGCGCCUCUUGGAAGGCAACCUGAACAAGCUGCGGGGCGAGGCCAGGGGUCAGCCUGCACGGGUUCAAUCUCCGCUGGCAAAAGACCAGGAUGCAAAGAUGGAAAAGGGAGAGGACAGGAAGAAAGAAACUUCACCCCUGCUAAUACAGUGCCAGUGCCAAGGUCAGGUGUUGAAAGCGACUGUUAACACUGGGUGUCUACCAAACCUCAUCUCCAAGAGGUGUUUAAACCAGCUGGGGCUGGAAGAAGUGUCUGCCAUGGACUGUGGAGACCUCUCUCUUCCCAUCCCCAGCGUUGUUGGCCGAGUAGAACAUAUGGAAUUGCAAUUUGGUCAGGAGACYGUGCUGUGUUCAGCACUGGUUGUAGAUGAUGAAAUGCCUGAGUUUUGCAUUGGCCUCCAGACUCUGUGGUCUCUCAAGUGUUGCAUCGACUUGGAGGAAGGAGUCCUGAGAUUUAAAACACUGAGUCAAGAGCUGCCUUUUCUACAUGCUUCUGAAGAGCCUGGUCAGUGACUGGCUGCAUUCCCCAUGUCUGGAAACUUGCUGCCACGAGAGAGAGAUGAGGGUGAGGCUCACGUGCCCCUAACCUUGCUGAGUUCUAGGCUGAGGCAUUCAGUGGGGAGUGAGAAAAAGGCAAGUGGAUGUUGGAAGCUGUUGUCACUGGGAGUGCCUCAACUUGAGAUAUUCCUCCUUUCAGUGGACCCUUCUGCUUGUCCUGAUGUGCCAAGUGGGCAUUUUGUUCUUGUUUUGCUAUUUGGCCCUGGUCACUCCAAUUUCUGCUUCUGUAAUAAAUUUAUGUUACCCCUUUAAUGACUUUACAAUACACUCCGUUCACAAGACAAGGGAGUCUCUGUGAACAAUCUCCAGUUUUCUGUGGACAGUGUUUUCUCCAGGGACCUCCAAAGAUUGCCAUGAAUGUUUCCCUUCUUUUUGCCUCAAUGCCAGUGUACACCACUCCCGUUCCUCUGUUGGAAGGGCUCUGUUCCCCUUGCCUGCAAUCUGGGAAGCUGGAUUUUGUUACUUUUGAUAGUUCAGAGCAGAACAGAAGUAUUUUCUUGAGAAAACCUUGCAGCAAGAACAGUUUCAGAGUUCUCAAUUCUAAGAAACUUUUGCAGAAAUGUUGAGUGUAGAUGCCUAAAGCACUGACAGGGGCUUGGGCUUUGCCACUGCAUUCCUGGGCACUAAGCUAUAUUAUAUGAAUGACAAUGCUWACAUCUCUUGGUGUUAUAUCCUGURACCAGAUUUGCACACCCUGUUCUUCUGGCCUCUCUGCACUCCGGCUGCUAGAGCUGUAUCCCUGUUCUCUCAGCUGCUUCAUCGGGGAUCCUGCCACUCAGUUUUAAUGCCACAAUGAAUUACCGCACGAAGUCUUCUGCUCUGUCAGCUCCUUUCUUUCAACUUGAAAUCCAGUGACUAAACACRGAUCCAUCAUCAGCCUCAAGUCCUGGCAUCACACAGCCCAUCAACUUUGUUUCUCUUGCACAAAAUGAGAACUUGUAGUAUCAGCUCAGGUUAGAGAACUGUGAACUCAUUUGGAAUGUUAAAGGUGAUUAUUAAGUCACUUAAC